GCUGCGUGGCUGUCACGAAACGCUGCUCCGUCUGCUGUUUCUUUUGUAGCAGGCAGAAAACGCAGCGUUCGAACGAAAGGACGCGCUCUUCGUGCCAUUUCGUCCGUGCAUUUACAUGACCCCUGCUCGUGCCUGCCUGCAUGACCGCCCCCUUGUCCUCAUUCGUUCACAAUAGCCAGGUCUCCGAAAGCUGUAUAUGCCACGCGAGGGAACCUUGUUGAAGUCAACGGCACAUAAGCAAUUCACUUAUGAAAGAAAUUCCAUUUAUAUCGCCACUGUGCAACAAGUCCCAGAGCUCUGCGGCCGUUUAGUAGCCGAACUCCUUCAUAUAUGUAUACUUUUCCCCACCAUAAUAUUCCAAAUUUAUGCAGAUUUAGCCCUGCUGAAAGCAUGUCUCGGCGUCACUAAAAUGGGCAGUUGUACUAAAUGCAUACAGAAUUAUGCACGUGUCACGUUUUGGCGGGAAUUUUCGAACAAGUUCAAGAAUCAUUUGGUAAACCUGCUCCGCUUGACAAGGAAUACACGAUUCGAUUGACGUAAUCGGGGUAUAGUCUAAUAGCCUACGUAUGACACAUGCCACCCCGAACCGCUAAGAAUGCGGCUGCGCUGUAAUCUGUCGUAGUCCCAGUCCCCUUUGUUUCAAUAUUUUUUUAUCUACAGAGAUGAUCGCCCCGCCGCGCUAGUGUGCGCGCUCGGCUUUUCAGCUGCAGUUGUUUUAUCGCACGCCUCAAGUUACUAUCGCCGGAAGAAACGCGUGCUCGUAUCCAGGCUGUCUGCUUCGCACCAUCGUAAAGUAAGGCACUCCCCGCCAGAGCGGUGCUUGUUUCACCGCGGUGGACUGAACUAUGGGCUCCAAAAACACUGACAGCCCGCGACACGCAUUCGAGGGCGAUGCUCAACGCCGCGCCAUUCACAGUACGGCGGCGCUGUGCCCGCGCAGGUGGCUUCCAGCGCCGGAGCCUUCGGGAGAAUGGGACUUGGAGGACGUCUGCACCGUGCUGGCCGCCAUUUCGCUGCUGCUGGUGGCACUGGUUGGCGUGCCGCUCUGCUUCUACUGGGACAGCCGCUGCGUGCUGCUGACCAUCGGCUCGCUCGUGGCGCUCUGCAUCAUGGCGCGCGUGGUGCACGAGCGCCGCGCCGCUGCCCACCACGCUCGGCACCACUGGCUGUCGCUGACCGCCUCGUUCUUGGUCCAGCAGAGCCCGCAGGAGCGCGAGCCCCUCGUCUCUGGCAAGAGCGCCAACAGUGUCUGAAAAAGGCUCGGCGCACUCCGGCCUACAGCGUACCCGCCACAGUGCUUCGUCGGGAGUUUUCGACGGGGUGCACGGAUUCGCUCCUGCCAACAGCCCCAUCUUUGCGGCGUACGCGAAACGGCCGGCAACGGACUGCAAGAGCGACGGAGCAGAUUCGCUCUCGGUGCGCGUGUUUUCUCAGCGCGCAUCCAGAACGGACUUCGCUGUGACUGGAGCAUUUUAAAAUUUUAGCAUUCGUCCUGUGCUCUGCGAGAGCUAACAGGCCUGAACAUUGGCGCUUUAUACAGUGCGUAACAGUGUGCCUCCCGUGGAGUGCGAUUUUGCACACUCACCUGCCUGUGGUCAGCUUUUUUUUUUUUUUGUAGUACUUCAGGACUCGUCUUUUAGCCUAAGGAGUGCUGCUAAACGCAAGAUGGCUAUGUCUCAAGUAAAGCAGAAAAAAAAAACGAAAGGGAAAGUAAGCAGUUCUUCUGCUGCUUCGGCAGCGCAUGAGUGCUUAUUUCGUGAGCCAUAUUGAAAAAGUGCCUAGGCGUAUCUGGCCGUCUUGAAGUGUCUUUCGACACGACACUUACAUUUUAUCCUCCACGACCGAAAGGACUCUCCGAUUAUUGCCCACUUAGCACCUACGCUUGAAAAACUUAUUUCUGUCUCGUGGCGACUCUGAAUACAUCUUUAACGCAGAUAUUGAACCAUGAAUUACAUAUUCGUGACAAAUUUGAGACGGUUUCUCAACUCUGAAAUUGCCUUUGCUCGAACGCUUGAAAGCCACACUUUGUGCAAUUUUAGUUUCACUUCAAAGCAAAGCCUGUGGGCACUGCGCUCUACCCCUAAAUAUUUUUGCGAGCAUUUUAAGUGUUUCUCAUAUUUUAUUUCGGAGAGAAAUUUUACCCCUCUCCUUGUCACAGGUUACUGAUAUGCGAAAAAAACUUAGGGGGAGAGGGUAGGGAACGGAGCAAUAAAGUUGGUUUUAUUUUCUCA